AGCGCGGGCGCGGUUGCCGUGGUAGCGCCUGCCCGAGGGAGGGCGGCGGCGCGGGGCCAGGACCCCGGCUGGCAGAGGCAGCGACGCGGCCACCCGAAAGUGUGCGGUCGGGCAGCUGAGAGGCGGGCGCCCCGCCCUACUGGCCGGUGGGGAUGCGAGACCGGUUGCCCGACCUCACGGCGGAAAAACGACGAUGGAGACACUACUGUCGUCAUUGUUGAAAAGGACCAGUUCAUGGAUGAUUUCUUCCAUCAGGUGGAGGAGAUUCGAAGCAGCAUAGCCAAGGUUGCUCAGCACGUGGAGGACGUGAAGAAGAACCACAGCAUCAUCCUUUCUGCCCCAAACCCAGAAGGAAAAAUAAAAGAAGAUCUGGAAGACCUGAACAAGGAGAUUAAGAAAACCGCUAACCGGAUCCGAGGCAAGCUAAAGUCAAUUGAGCAGAGUUGCGAUCAGGACGAGAGUGGGAACCGAACUUCAGUGGACCUGCGGAUACGGAGGACGCAGCACUCGGUGCUGUCCCGGAAGUUUGUGGAAGUCAUGACAGAAUACAAUGAAGCACAGAUCCUGUUUCGGGAGCGAAGCAAAGGCCGCAUCCAGCGCCAGCUGGAGAUCACUGGGAGGACCACCACUGACGAUGAGCUGGAGGAGAUGCUGGAGAGCGGGAAGCCGUCCAUCUUCAUCUCGGAUAUUAUAUCAGAUUCACAAAUUACUAGGCAAGCUCUCAAUGAGAUCGAGUCACGUCACAAAGACAUCAUGAAGCUGGAGACCAGCAUCCGAGAGCUGCACGAGAUGUUCAUGGAUAUGGCCAUGUUCGUGGAGACCCAGGGUGAAAUGGUCAACAACAUCGAGAGAAACGUGAUGAAUGCUGCUGACUACGUCGAACAUGCCAAGGAAGAAACCAAGAAAGCCAUUAAAUAUCAGAGUAAAGCCAGGAGGAAAAAGUGGAUAAUUGCAGCUGUGGUGGUGGCUGUCAUUGCUGUCCUGGCUCUAAUCAUUGGCUUGUCGGUUGGCAAAUGAUUGCGUAGAUGGCGCUGGGUGCCUGCCUCUCCCUCAGGGUGGCAAAGGUGAUGUUCGUCCUCAUUUGCGUAGCCACUUUGCUUGUGAUCCUUGGAAUUAUCCUAGCAACAGCAUUGUCAUAGCAACCACACCAAGAGCUCUUUGUCCUCAGAGACUCCGACCACACCUGCAGCAGAGUCAAUGUCCUGUCCUUCCACAUGCCACCUCAGACCCCAGGGCUAGCGCCGAGGUUUGUAUUGGUGAUGAAGAGUAAAGCACCACAGAGGCUUCGUACCGUGAAAACACCAGGAGCCGAGCGGAUGCAGCAUGCCAGCCCAGGUGGCCUUGGUCUCUGAAGGACGCCACAGAGACUUCACAAUGGUGGCCUUGUCUCAGUAGCAUUGACACAGAAAUGAUUGACAAAUGCAACCUUUUUAAAAAAGGUGUCAGUGUUAACAUGUGCGUGCAGUUUAAUUAGAGUGUGCUCUGUGCUCCCUCAGCUGACAGUGGUAGUGAGGAGACUUUGCACCGGGCCUGAUUUCUGUUCAUGUCUCGCUUGCAGAAUCACCACAGAACUGUCUUGUAAGGUAUCUGUAAUUUUAAAUAGCUAUAAAUUAAAUUCCUUAAUAUAUUAACAUCGAACCCCCGUUUUCUAAAGCUAGACACUGCCUUUCGAAGGACAAUGGACAGGCCCUAGGCAGCCAUGUACAGGUUGCUGCUGUCACUGGAAACCUGGUCUUGCAGCCCUCAGGGCCUUUCUUGAGGGCUCUCUGGUGACCCAGGAAGUGUAAGGGUGUGAGGAGUCUGCGUUGUCGCUAGCUCACUUCUACGCGCUUUAUUAUGGGGGUGACACACAGUCGUGUGCUGCCCUCACGUCCACCUCCUCCCCGUUCACUGGUGCUGCUGGAGUCUCAAGGCAAGGCGGCGAUGGAGCCCGGACUGUUGCUCUCAGCUCACGGGAACAGUCCAGUCGCGAAGCCAUUCUUGGACAGCAUCCGAAGGACCAGAGUGUCAUCCGAACCCCCACUAAUGCCUAGAGUUGUCGAGAAACCGGGAUAGGUGAUGAAGAUGUGGGCUGUUUUACACUGUGAGUAGGUGGCCAGGUGGCGGACGGCCUGUCUGUAUGCUGACAUGCUGACUGGGGAUGUGCAGGACACCAAGCCUAGUGGACUCGGCUGACGGCUGACUGCAUGUGGAUGCUCACUCUGUCCCAGCCUCAUCUGGUUGGAUCCGGUGUAGCCGUGCUGAUUCAGAACACCAAUCGUGAGAGAAUCUGAACUGUUUAGAAACUACCACCCCUACAGUGGUGAGCGUCACUCAUUCUCAACACCCCCCAGCCUGACACCCCAGGUGCUGAGAGCUACUGCAGGAGACUGGACUGUGUGUCCUGGUCUAGAGCUAGCCCAUAGUGGAGACGCUCCUGCCUAGAAACAACUACUUCCUGCCUAGGGGCUCCCACUUCCUGCCUGGAAGCUUCCGGAAAGCUCUGCAGAUGGAGCCGUGUUUGUGCAGCUCCUGCCGUGUGCUCGGCGUCAGUGCCAUCGAAUUUAGCUGCAGGGGACCUGCAUGCCACCGAGUUCCCAGCACUUGGGGUCAGGUUCCCUUCAAGUUGAGCCUGAGUCCUUGGCCUGUGAUGUGCUCCCCACGUUGUGCUCAGGUGGCCUCUCCACCAAGCGGGUGCCUGAAUCUGGCUUUCUGGUGAAGCAGAGGUGUGUGGGUGAGUGAGUCAGCCCGCAGGAUAUAUUUCUAUGCUGACGUCAUAGCCUAUUUCAAAAUACAUUUACAGAUUGUGUUGUUACUUUUUCCAAUGAUUUCUUCAGAAAUUUUGUGUUUACAUUAAAAACUUCUCCAAGAAGCAAA